AUGCUUUCAUUUGCCUUGAAAACCGCUGCCAUCAUUGCAGCCUUGGCGAACGCUUCACCUCUCUCAAAGAGGCAGACGCCAGCUUGCACGACUAUUUCCCAGAGGGUUCCUUGGACCAAUCUGACCUCUGAGGAGAAGACCAGUUACAUCAAUGCGGACCUCUGCCUGAUCAAUGCCCCUUCGAAGACGGGCUUUGAAGGGGCUGUUUCCCGUUGGGAUGACCUCCAGUGGCCACAUGGAAGUUUCUACGCGUGCAUGACCAUAGAGAUUUCGAUAACUAAUAGCCGAAGUUACGUACACUCUGUUGGAGCCUUCCUUCCUUUCCACCGCUACUACAUGACGGUCCACGAGCGCGCUAUUCGCCAAGAGUGUGGUUACACCGGUCGCAUACCGUACUGGGAUGAAGUCAACGAGGUCUCCGAUUUGGCCGGAUCUGACCUAUGGAAGGACGAGUACUUUGGAGGAAAUGGAGUCGGGACAUCGAGAUGCGUUCAAGAUGGUCCGUUUGCAAGUCUGGUUUUGCGCUGGCAACUGAAUGGCCAAGUGGGAGAUCACUGCUUGACCCGCAACUUCAACCAGAAUUCUUUCAAUGCCGCAGCACAAUCCAAUAUUGAUCGCUGCAACGCGAUUGACUCAUUUACCGAGGCUCGUAGCUGCUGGGAAGGCAGUCCGCACUCGGCCGGCCACGGUGGUGUGGGCGGCAUCUUAUGGUGGGAGUGGCAGAAGCUGGACCCUGAGAAUCGUAUGUACGACAUGGCCGGGACGAAUCUUCCGGCUAGACUGGGCAAUGUGAACCAUGCCAUUGUCGAUUACUUCAAUGAUGGUGGCAAUCAGACAACUCUCAAUCAUACACUUUACAUGGACGGCCUGGCUGAAUUGGCACCUAAUAUCACCAUCAAUGAUAUCAUGGACCUUAAUGGCGAGGUAAUUUGUGCAGAAUACAUUAACGUCUAG